AGAAGAAUCUUAAUUAGAGUUCAAAAAUCACGCGCUCAUUUCCCCUUAAGAUGUCUGUCAUCAAAACACGGCCUUAGGUCUUGAUGAUCAGGCUAAGCUAGUGAGUCCACAAAAGAGGGUAGGUGGAUAUUUGCUGUAAGAGUCUUCAAUAUUUUUCAAGGCCUUAAUUUUCACUCUUGCAUUAAGAUAUGUGGCGAGGCUCGCGCGUCUAUAUAUAUAAUUUUUGAAAGGGUGUGACAAACAUAAUUUUCGAAACAAACAUUGGGCAUGGCACUUCAAGGCUAUCAUUUCUGGGGAGUACUCUUAGUCCUGAUGAUCAAGUACUCAUGGGCUCAUGACUCAGUAGCGACUGAGGUCUCCUCUUCUUAUAACCGUACUAGCUUUCCAGCUGAUUUUGUGUUUGGAACUGGCUCGUCUGCCUACCAGUUUGAAGGUGCUUGGAAAGAAGGUGGCAAAGGUCCAAGUAUAUAUGACAUUUUCACCCACAAGUAUCCAGAUAAAAUUGCCAAUCGAAGCAACGGAGACGUAGCCGUCGAUUUUUAUCACCGUUAUAAGGAAGAUGUACAGCUAAUGAAGUUUAUGGGAAUGGAUGCUUUCAGAUUCUCAAUCUCAUGGGCAAGAAUUCUACCUCGUGGGAAGUUAAGCGGAAGAGUGAACAAGGAAGGGGUUGCCUUCUACAACAAUCUCAUCAAUGAACUCAUAUCAAAUGGUUUGAAACCCUUCAUCACAUUGUUUCAUUGGGAUCUUCCCCAAGCCCUUGAAGAUGAGUAUGGUGGCUUCUUGAGCCCUCGCAUUGUGGCCGAUUUUGCGGAUUUUGCAGAGCUUUGCUACAAAGAAUUUGGGGAUAGGGUAAAGCAUUGGAUCACGUUGAAUGAGCCAUGGACAUUCGUUUAUCUAGGCUAUGACCUUGGGUCCCUCGCACCGGGUCGUUGCUCGGCCUGGAUGAACAAUGAUUGCCCCGCCGGAGAUUCGGCCACUGAACCUUAUAUAGUGGGCCACCACAUGCUUCUCUCUCACGGAGCUGCAGCUAAAGUUUACAAAGAGAAAUUUCAGGUAUCUCAAAAGGGCCAGAUUGGGAUUACACUUAUAUGUCAAUGGGUUCUUCCAUACUCCAAUUCAAAACUUAAUGACAAAGCAGCUCAGCGGGCCCUCGAUUUCACAUAUGGAUGGUUUAUGACCCCAUUAACCUACGGUGAAUACCCAGAAACUAUGCGUUCGAUUGUCGGAAAAAGGUUACCAGAAUUUACUCCUGAGCAAGUUACACUGGUGAAGGGUUCCUGCGAUUUCAUCGGAUUAAAUUACUACACCGGAUUUUAUGCAAUUAAUGUUCCUGUUGCUAAUACAGUCAAUGUUAGCUACGGAAAUGAUAUGCUCGCUAUUCUUACAAGCGAGCGCAACGGAAAACUUAUUGGAAAUCCGACAGGGGUAAGUACCUUUUAUAUCUUCCCAAAAGGACUUCAGGAUCUUCUAAUCUAUACAAAGGAGAAGUACAACGAUCCACUAAUUUACAUUACAGAGAAUGGCAUGGGUGAUGCCAAUAACGUGACAACUAAAGAAGGAGUCAAGGACUAUCUGAGAAUUUAUUUCUACCGUCGCCACCUUGGGGCUGUUCAAAAUGCCAUCAAAGCUGGAGUGAAGGCGAAAGGGUUCUUCGCAUGGGCAUUUAUAGACAACUUUGAAUGGGGAUCUGGUUAUACCAUAAGGUAUGGACUGGGCUAUGUUGAUUACCGCGAUGGCCUCAAAAGAUACCCAAAGCGCUCAGCAUUUUGGUUUAAGAAGUUCAAUCUCAAGUAGCAAGGGCUAGGGUAGGGCAGGGCUAGGUCUAGUCCAUGCAUGUUCUUUGUUUGGAUCUAUCAGUACGUGAAUGCAUUUGGGUAUGUAUUUUUCUUGCGACGUUGGAGACUUGAUGCUUACAAUUAUUGGGUUUUACAAUAUGUAUUUGAGCUUCGGAAUCAUUACCGUAAAAUCUUUUCAAUCGAA